CAGCAACAGAAGGCGUCGGAGCGGGCGUCGGAGCUGCCCGCUGGGGGAGAGAGAGAGGAGAGAGAAAGAGAGCGAGCGAGCAUAGGAGCCCGAGGCAAAAAAGUAACUGUCAAAUGCGCGGCUCCUUUAACCGGAGCGCUCAGUCCGGCUCCGAGAGUCAUGGCGACCGCAGCGUCUAACCACUACAGCCUGCUCACCUCCAGCGCCUCCAUCGUGCACGCCGAGCCGCCGGGCGGCAUGCAGCAGGGCGCGGGGGGCUACCGCGAGGCUCAGAGCCUGGUGCAGGGCGACUACGGCGCGCUGCAGAGCAACGGGCACCCUCUCAGCCACGCUCACCAGUGGAUCACCGCGCUGUCCCAGCCGCCGCCGCCGCCGCCCCCGCAGGGCCCGCCGGGCCACCCUGGCGCGCACCACGACCCGCACUCGGACGAGGACACGCCGACCUCGGAUGACCUGGAGCAGUUCGCCAAGCAGUUCAAGCAGCGCCGGAUCAAACUGGGAUUUACCCAAGCGGACGUGGGGCUGGCGCUGGGCACCCUGUACGGCAACGUUUUCUCGCAGACCACCAUCUGCAGGUUUGAGGCCCUGCAGCUGAGCUUCAAGAACAUGUGCAAGCUGAAGCCUUUGUUGAACAAGUGGUUGGAGGAGGCGGACUCGUCCUCGGGCAGCCCCACGAGCAUAGACAAGAUCGCUGCGCAGGGGCGCAAGAGGAAAAAGCGGACCUCCAUCGAGGUGAGCGUCAAGGGGGCUCUGGAGAGCCAUUUCCUCAAAUGCCCCAAGCCCUCGGCCCAGGAGAUCACCUCCCUCGCGGACAGCUUACAGCUGGAGAAGGAGGUGGUGAGAGUUUGGUUUUGUAACAGGAGACAGAAAGAGAAAAGGAUGACCCCUCCCGGAGGGACUCUGCCGGGCGCCGAGGAUGUGUACGGGGGGAGUAGGGACACGCCACCACACCACGGGGUGCAGACGCCCGUCCAGUGAACUCGAACGGGGGGAGGGGCAGAGCGCGGGGCUCCCCCUCCCCUACGGUCCACGGCCCUUUCCUGGCCCCCUUGUUCCCUCUCUAACUUCUGAUUGUUCUUUUAUUUUAAUUAUUAUUUCCCCGUCCCUUAAAAAGAAAAAAAAUAGUAAUAAGGAAAGCAACUAAGGCACUGGACUAUCCUUUAAACGGUAGCAGGUGUAAUGAUGUGUUUUGACCUUUACAGGCUAGUACCCAGGCAAUGGAGUGGAGUGUCUCAUAGAGAGAGUGAGGAGAGAGUGUGUAAUAGAGAGAAAGAAAGAAAGAGAGAGAGAGAUGGCAAGCACCGAGUUAAAUACCUGGCAAAACUAAAUAAAUUACCAAAAAGGAAAAAAAAAAUCCACCAAACCGUGAUAAACACAAAACAGCUUCCUGAUGCUCGGAGUUGGCACAUGCUGCUGUAAUGUGAUGUAAUGUGGAUCCUCAUCAGGAAAGAGGAAAAAAAUACACAUGUUCGUUGAUGUAGUCAAAUUUAACCACAGAAAUUUGCACUGCAAGAAAAUUGAAGUUUACAUGAACAAAUUCAUUGAGUAUAUUUUUCUUUCUCCCACUGUUAAUUUUGAAAUUGCCGGGUUUUGUUUUGUUUUGUUUUGUUUUGUUUUGUUUUGUUUUAUUCAGCAGAGAGAGUUGAAGCCAGCUCUUGGCUACUCUCCAUUUCUAACGUUCUUGUGUUACCCCCUGUUCUUCCCACUGUUUGUGAACUUUGGUUACCUUCAGUCUCUCCCAACCCCAACAUUGGUGUAACAUUUAUUUGCUUCUUUUACCAAAGCAAAAACGAUUGGCUUCAAACAAAAUAAAUAAUUCUCUGCUUUCAGGAAA